AUGAAUACAUGUGAUAAACCAAUAAUAAAAUUACUGAUAAUUGGGGAUUCCGCUGUUGGCAAAACUAACAUUCUGAAGAGAUUUUGUGAGAAUCAAUAUACUCAAAGCUUUGUAUCAACAAUAGGUAGAUUAAUGAAUUUAAAUUUAGAACAGGCAUAGAUUUCAAAUUUCGAGAUUUAGAAGUAGAAGGGAAACUCAUGAGAUUGCAAAUUUGGGAUACAGCUGGUUAAGAGAGAUUCAGAACCAUUACUUCAACUUAUUUCAAAGGAGCAAUGGGAGUUAUAUUGGUCUAUGCCGUAAAUAAUCUUGAAAGUUUUCAAAACAUCUAAAAUUGGAUGAAUUAAAUAAAAUAAAAUGCAUGUGAAAGUGUGAUUGUUGUGUUAGUGGCCAACAAAUCCGACCUAAAUGAUAGAGUGGUUCAAUAUGAAUAAGGUAAAAAUUUAGCUGAUUCUUAUGGCAUUAAAUUUUUUGAGACUUCUGCCAAAGAAGGCAUAAACAUCAUUGAUACUUUUUAAUGCAUUUCUAAAUAAAUUAAAGAUAUUAUGUCAUUAGAAGAAAAAGUAUAAAAUAUUAAACUGGAAUAAACAAGUUAACAAGCCAAAUCCAAUUUCUGUUGUUGA